AUGGAUUCAGAGACCCAAAGGAACAAAUGUGCAGCAUGCUAUAGGCAGUUUAACAAAAAGGAGCACUUGGUGGAACACAUGAGGAUUUCAUAUCACUCAGUUCAUGAACCCAUGUGUGGAAUUUGUGGGAAACGUUGUCGCUCAUUUGAAUCUCUUCGUGAUCAUCUUAUAGGACCAUUGCCAAAGGUUGAAUGUGAAAGGGUGUUUAGAGACCAUGGAUGUACCAUUUGCUUAACCGUCCUUAAUAGCCCAAACUCUCUAAGGGUUCACCAAGAUAGAUGUCAACUAUCACGUGGAAAUAACGGUGUACUACAUAGAUUUGCUAACAUGGGCAUUCAAGAUGACUUGAGAAUCGAUAGUGGGAAAACAAGAGCAGUUGCACUUGCUUGCAAAAUGGUUGGUGGUGGAAGUGAUGGUUCUUUAGAUCUUUGUGCAAGAGUUUGUAUCAUCGAUGAAUAUGAGAACAUACUCUUUCAUUCAUAUGUUAAGCCACAACUUCCUGUUACAAACUACAGGUAUGAGACAACAGGCGUUCGACCAGAGUACCUUACGGAUGCAAUGCCACUGAGACAUGUACAAAGAAAAAUUCAAGAUUUUUUGUGUAAUGGGGAACCAAUGUGGAAGAUUCGCUCGAGAGGUGGAAAGGCGAAGAUUCUUGUAGGACAUGGUUUGGAACAUGACAUGAAAUGUUUGGAACUUGAGUAUCCUUUAGUAAAGAUAAGGGAUACAGCAAAAUAUCCACCACUAAUGAAGACAAGCAAGCUCAGCAACUCACUCAAGUACCUAACAAAAUCUUACCUAGGGUAUGAUAUUCAAAAUGGGAUACAAGAUCCUUAUGAUGAUUGUGUUGCAACGAUGAGACUUUAUAGAAGAAUGAGAUCACAAGCUCAUAGAAUGGAGGAUUAUCCUCUUGCUACAGAUUCCCAAAACAAUAAUAACUUUGCUUCAUGGAGGCAGGGUGAACUUGAGAGGAUGAGUCCUAAUGAACUGUUGGCAAUCUCAAGGUCUGAUUACUACUGUUGGUGCUUAGAUAGCAAAGAUGUGGCUUAA